AUGGCGCCUCCAAGCGAGGAGACACCCCUGAUUCCUCAGCGCUCCUGCAGCCUCUCGUCUUCAGAAGCUGGUGCCCUGCACGUGCUGCUGCCCCCUCGGGGCCCUGGACCCCCACAGCGCUUAUCCUUCUCCUUUGGGGACCAUUCAGCUGAAGAGCUGUGUGUUUGGGCUGCUAAGGCCAGUGGCAUCCUGCCCGUGUACCACUCCCUCUUUGCUCUGGCCACGGAGGACCUGUCCUGCUGGUUCCCCCCAAGCCACGUCUUCUCCGUGGAGGACUCGGGCACCCAAGUUCUGGUCUACAGGCUCCGCUUUUACUUCCCCAACUGGUUUGGGCUAGAGAAGUGCCACCGCUUCGGGCUACGAAAGGACUUGGCCAGCGCCAUCCUUGACCUACCAGUCCUGGAGCACCUCUUCGCCCAGCACCGGAAUGACCUGGUGAGCGGCCACCUCCCCGUGGGCCUCAGUCUCAAGGAGCAGGGUGAAUGUCUCAGCCUGGCGGUGCUGGACCUGGCCCGGAUGGCCCGCGAGCAGGCUCAGCAGCCUGAAGAGCUGCUGAAAACUGUCAGCUACAAGGUCUGCCUGCCCCCCGACCUGCGCGACCUGAUCCAGGGCCUGAGGUUCGUGACGCGGAAGCGCAUCCGCAGGACUGUGCGCCGGGCCCUGCGCCGCGUGACCGCCUGCCAGGCUGACAGGCACUCGCUCAUGGCCAAGUACAUCAUGGACCUGGAGAGGCUCGACCCGGCCAGGGCGGUAGAGACCUUCCUCGUGAGCCUCCCCGGGGCUGCUGGUGGUCAGGAUGCGCAGGGGCUGCUCCGAGUGGCUGGCGACACCGGCAUCGCCUGGAGUCCAGGAGGACAAGAGGCCCUCCAGCCCUUCUGCGACUUUCCAGAAAUUGUGGACAUCAGCGUCAAGCAGGCUCCGCGUGUUGGCCCGGCCGGGGAGCACCGCCUGGUCACCGUCACCAGGACAGACAACCAGAUCCUGGAGGCCGAGUUCCCGGGGCUGCCCGCCGCGUUGUCCUUCGUGGCGCUAGUCGACGGCUACUUCCGGCUGACCUCCGACUCCCGGCACUUCUUCUGCAAGGAGGUUGCGCCGCCGCGGCUGCUGGAGGAGGUGGCCGAGCAGUGCCACGGCCCCAUCACCCUGGAUUUUGCCAUCAACAAGCUCAAGACUGGGGGCUCACUUCCUGGCUCCUACGUUCUCCGCCGCAGUCCCCAGGAUUUUGAUUGCUUCCUCCUCACUGUCUGUGUCCAGACCCCCCUGGGUCCUGAUUACAAGGGCUGCCUCAUCCGGUGUGACCCCACGGGAACCUUGUCCCUGGCUGGCCUUGGCCGUCCCCACAGCAGUCUCCGAGAGCUCUUGGCAGCCUGCUGGGACGGCGGGCUGCACGUGGACGGGGUUGCGCUGAACCUCACCUUCUGCUGCACCCCCAAACCCAAAGAAAAGUCCAACCUGAUUGUGGUGCGGAGGGAUUGCAGCACACCCACAUCAUCCCCUGUUCAGCUCCAAUCCCAAUGCCAGCUGAGUCAGAUGACAUUUCACAAGAUCUCUGCUGACAGCCUGGAGUGGCAUGAGAACCUGGGUCAUGGGUCCUUCACCAAGAUUUACCGAGGUUGUCGCCACGAGGUCGUGGAGGGGGAGGUCCGGGAGACGGAGGUGCUGCUCAAAGUGAUGGAUGCCAAGCAUAAAAACUGCAUGGAGUCAUUUCUGGAAGCAGCGAGUUUGAUGAGCCAAGUGUCAUACCAGCAUCUCGUGUUGCUCCACGGCGUGUGCAUGGCUGGAGACAGUAUCAUGGUGCAGGAAUUUGUACACCUGGGAGCGCUGGACACCUACCUGCGCAAGUCUGGCCACCUGGUGCCAGCCAGCUGGAAGCUGCAGGUGAUCAAACAGCUGGCCUAUGCCCUCAACUAUCUGGAAGACAAAGGCCUCCCCCAUGGCAAUGUCUCAGCCCGGAAGGUGCUCCUGGCUCGCGAAGGGGCUGAUGGGAACCUGCCCUUCAUCAAGCUGAGUGACCCUGGUGUCAGCCCCUCUGUGCUAACCCGGGACAUGCUCACUGACAGGAUCCCCUGGGUGGCCCCCGAGUGUCUCCAGGAGGCCCGGACACUCGGCUUGGAAGCUGACAAGUGGGGUUUUGGUGCCACAGUCUGGGAGGUGUUCAGCGGGAUCCCGAUGCCCAUCAGCACCCUGGAUCCCACCAAGAAGCUCCAGUUUUAUGAGGAACGGCAGCAACUGCCUGCCCCCAAGUGGACGGAGCUGGCCAUACUGAUCCAGCAGUGCAUGGCCUAUGAGCCAGGCCAGAGACCUUCCUUCCGUGCCAUCAUCCGUGACCUGAACAGCCUCAUCACUUCAGAUUACGAGCUCCUCUCAGACCCCACGCCCGGUGCCUUGGCGCCCCGUGAUGGGCUGUGGAAUGGCGCCCAGCUCUACGCCUACCAGGACCCUACCAUUUUUGAGGAGAGACACCUCAAGUACAUCUCACAGCUGGGCAAGGGCAACUUCGGCAGCGUGGAACUGUGCCGCUAUGACCCGCUGGGCGACAACACGGGCGCCCUAGUGGCAGUGAAGCAGCUGCAGCACAGCGGGCCAGACCAGCAGAGGGACUUCCAGAGGGAGAUCCAGAUCCUCAAAGCCCUGCACAGCGACUUCAUUGUCAAGUACCGCGGAGUCAGCUAUGGCCCAGGCCGCCAGAGCCUGCGGCUGGUGAUGGAGUACCUGCCCAGCGGCUGCCUGCGCGACUUCCUGCAGCGGCACCGCGCGCGCCUCGCCGCCAGCCGCCUGCUCCUUUACGCCUCGCAGAUCUGCAAGGGCAUGGAGUACCUGGGCUCCCGCCGCUGCGUGCACCGCGACCUGGCAGCGCGUAACAUCCUGGUGGAGAGCGAGACGCACGUCAAGAUCGCCGACUUUGGCCUCGCCAAGCUGCUGCCGCUCGACAAAGACUACUACGUGGUCCGCGAGCCCGGCCAGAGCCCCAUCUUCUGGUACGCCCCGGAGUCCCUCUCUGACAAUAUCUUCUCGCGCCAGUCCGACGUCUGGAGCUUCGGGGUCGUCCUGUACGAGCUUUUCACCUACGGCAACAAGAGUUGCAGCCCCUCAGCCGAGUUCCUGCGGAUGAUGGGAUGUGAUGGUGAUGUCCCGGCCCUCUGCUGCCUCCUGGAGCUGCUGGCUGAGGGCCAGAGGCUGCCUGCGCCUCCUGCCUGCCCUGGUGAGGUUCAUGAGCUCAUGAAGCUGUGCUGGGCCUCUAGCCCGCAAGACCGGCCAACAUUCAGUGCCCUGGGCCCCCAGCUGGAUGCACUAUGGAGUGAAAGCCGGAGCUAGCAGAGAGUGUGAAACUCACGCCUUCCCUGCUUGUCCGGAGGGAGA